UGACAUUAAGCAGCGUUCCAGCUACCAACUUGGCCGCCAUACUCUUUCUUCGAACUUUCGCUUCAGUGUACGUCCGUGUUUCCCGUCAUGGCAUCGGUAUGGCUUCUUUUGGCUGUCUUGUGCGCGCUUGGCGCUCGCUGCAGGGUGAGUUCCGGACUCACCGCGGAGUCAUUGUUGCGGGGAAGGCCCGAUCUGGCCGCCUACCAGGACGUCAAAAAGUGCACAUCUCCGGGUGCCACCUGGUACGUUCUCUACCGAAACGAGAAACAAGGAUCCUUCGGAGCGGAUGACAGCUGCCUGAGGGACACCCAGAUGAACGAGGUGGUCGAUGGGAAAGCCCUGUUCCGCUUGCGAUACGGCAAUGGCUACGAAAGGAACGCUACGUUCACAUUCAAGUCUUCUGACGGACGAAACUAUAACAUCUUCGAGGCUCAGCUGGAUGGCGUUCCAGGUGUGCCAAAGUAUGACCUGCCGUUCGUGGACUGUGCCCACUGCAAGAUCGUGAAGGACCAAAAAGGCCCCAAAUGUCUGCUUUCGGUGCGAGAAUCCUCCCUCCGGCACGGCGUUCCCCAGCAUUGCCACUUUCUCUACGACCUGCUUUGCGGGCCAUCGCCGAAGUACCAGGUCUCGGACUACAGCUGCCUCGACAACGACGCGAAGUUGGGCUGAAAUAUUCAAGAACGAGAGUUCUCUCAAUAGCGCAGACCCUUGGGCGCAGAACAGCACAGAAUAAACCGUUCGCACGAGGAUCAAGUGCACACGUCUUCGGCUCUUACGCUAA